UGUAAAGUGUAAGGUGUAAGCAAUGACAUAUAGUAUUUUUACUACAGUAAUGUAUGUAAUUUAUAGUAUGUUUAUAAUAAACAUAACAAUAAUGAAAAGUCACAAUCUAAUGUUUUCACAGUUCUCUUACGUCAAAAAUUUUGAUCUAGGUAAAUUUAAUAAUAUGGAAGUCAAACAGGAAGCUAGUGAGAUGAUAUCUUGUAAAGUGGAAACAGAUAAUGAGACCUUUGAUGGUCCUUUGGAUGCCUUCAAAGUCGAAAUCAAAGAAGAACCCAAGACAGAACCCGCAUACGACACGUUUGGCUAUUUAGACUGCAAUGAAUUCCCCCUAAAAACUGAAGUAGAACAAGAACAAGAUGAAUGUAAAUUUACCCCAUCUGAAACAAAGCAGACAGCAAAUGAAAGUUGUUCCCAGGAGCAGAACAAAAUGAAAAGUAUGGAAACAGUAACUGCACAUUCAUCUCAUACUCAUACAGGAAGCUAUACAGGUCGUCACGCUGAAGGAAAACCAUUGAAUAAAAAUAUGAAAGCAGUAUCUGCACGAAGACCUGGCAAAUGUGAAAUUUGUUUUAAAAAGUUUACUCAUGCAUCUUAUUUGAAAAUACAUUUGAGAGUACAUACUGGGAUAAAGCCAUACAAGUGUGAAGUUUGUUUUAAACAGUUUAGUGAAGCAGGUUCUUUAAAAAAACAUUUGAGAAUGCAUACCGGAGAAACACCUUAUAAGUGUGAAAUUUGUUUAAAAAAGUUUACUACUUCAAGUCGUUUGAAAAGUCAUUGGAGAAUACACACCGGAGAACAGCCUUAUAAGUGUGAAGUUUGUUUUAAACAGUUUGCUGAUUCAAGUUCUUCAAAAAAACAUUUGAGAGUGCACACUGGAGAAAAACUUACAAAGUGUGAAAUUUGUUUUAAACAGUUUCGUGAUAUAGGUCAUUUGAAAACACAUUUGAGAGUUCACACUGGAGAACAGCCUUAUAAGUGUGAAAUUUGUUUUAAAGAGUUUAGUCAAAUAGGUAAUUUGAAAACACAUUUGAGAAUGCACACUGGAGAAAAACCUUAUAAGUGUGAAAUUUGUUUAAAGAAGUUUACUACUUCGAGUCCUUUGAAAAAACAUUUGAGAACGCAUACUGGAGAAAAACUUACAAAGUGUGAAAUUUGUUUUAAAGAGUUUAGUGAUAUUGGUAAUUUGAAAACACAUUUGAGAAUGCACACUGGAGAACAGCCUUAUAGGUGUGAAAUUUGUUUUAAGCAAUUCAGUCAAACAUGUCAUUUGAAAAGACAUUUGAGAGUGCACACUGGAGAAAAACCUUAUAAGUGUGAAAUUUGUUUUAAACAGUUUAGUGACGCACGUACUUUAAAAAGACAUUUGAGAGUGCACACUAGGGAAACACCUUUGUAGAGGAAAGGAUGAGAUUGCAAUGAAUAGUUAUUUCGGACAACAGACUUAAUAAAAUUUAAUUUAAAAAUAUAUUGUUUUAUCCCAGUCCAAAAUAAAAUCAAAAUAACAAAAUAAAAAUAAUUCUAAUUUUCGCUCCUGUUGAAAUACCACACAAUUAAUUAGAGAAAAUAAUGAAAUUUGUAAUAUAUUAUGUUUAGGAUGUAAAAGAAGAAGACCAACGACGGACAGAUGUCAGCGACUUAACGUCAUUCCGGCUAGCGUCAUGUAACUUAUAAGUUGUAGCUUCUUGAUUGCUAAUAAAGAUUUGUAUGAACCAGUGGCGGCCCGUGAGGUAGUGCCAUAGAGCCAUGGCACUGCCUUGCUAACUAUGCAGAAACAUUUUUAUCUUAAAAACAUCUUAAUGCCUGUUAAUUUUUUUGUGAUUAUUUCUGUGUAGCGCAAUGCACAUCUAACCACCGACUCUGGCCACCCACAGCUGACCGGAUAAGGGAUGAAGAUCAUGAAAAUCCCGAUGCCGAAAGGCAUAGUGGCUCGCCAGAAAAGAGAAAGAUUGUAUGAGCAUCCUAUGUAAGUGACAGAGAUAGAGCGGUAUUGCACUUUUAAUAUACGUUUAAAUUGGACUCUCCGUGCCAGGCUCGAAAUCUCGAAAAGUAGAUCUUAAGAUACAAUGUUUUAGAUAUAUUUCUAAUUUCUUUACGCGUUCGCUUGACGCUAUUGUGUUUAUUAUCUACUACUGUAUUGUAUAUUUGUGUUUAUACUCUACUAUAUUUUUUAAUUUGUAAUUAUUAGUGCGUCGUGGUCGUGGGUGUCGUAGGUAUAUAAAUAAUAUUUUUAUUAUUUUCUACGUUUAAUUUAUUUAUUGACAAUGAAUCAAAUUAGUAUAUUAAAAAACUCUUUUGGUGGUUUUUCGUCAGAAAAAAAACUUCAAAAUAAAGAACUCGGUCGGCCUUUAGCCGAUUUAAAAAUUGAAAAACAAAGUGGAAAUGGACAAAAACUUCGCUGUCGUAAGUUUAAUAAAACUAUUUAUGAUAAAAAUAACUGGUUGUGUGGUUGCGAACAAACUAAUAAACUGUUCUGUUUUGUAUGCGUUUUGUUUGGAGGUGACGAGAUAUGCGAUGCAGUUGUGUUGCGAAUAAAAACAAGAUUUACCUUCUCCGGACAUUUAGUUGCUUCUCAUUUAUUUAUGUCAGAGAAGUUUUCUGCUUAUAAGGAUAAGUUCCCCGAAUCAUUUCUUAAUGAAACAUGCACACAAUUUUUAUUUUUAAACAAAACUCGGCUUAAAACUUAAUUACAAGUAUUGUAUCAGCGAGACGAAUUAAGUACUACCUCUGGGACUGUUCCGUUAUCAGUUUUAUUAAAUGAUGAAGGUUUAAAAUGUACAUUUGAAGAAACUGUUAAACUUUUAAGUAUAUUAAUAACCAUUCCCAUGUCAACAUCUGAAGCAGAACGUUGUUUUUCAAUGCUAAAACGAAUUAAGACAUUCCUCAGAAAUACCAUGAAGGAAGAACGACUAAGUGCUUUAGGUAUGCUGUCUGCAGAAAUACAUUUUGUAAAUGGCAUUGACAAUUUUAAUAAUAAAGUCAUUGAAAACUUUGCCACCAAAAAAGAAAGAAGGAUGGGCUUCACAUAUCGUAAACUUUAACAGUGAUAUUAAAUAACUUUGUGCGUGUGUGUAAAUAAUAGAAUAGUGUUAUUUUUAUAAUUUUCUAAAUAGGCUCUAGAGAAGAAAUCGUAACACAAACUUCAAGUACAUCAGCAGUAGUAGGAAGAAUGAAAGAUUGACAGCAUAGGAUUAAAGGACGUGGUGGUCGGAUGAGUGCGAGAGACGGAAGCUGAUGCGUGAUGACGAGCGACUGAGAAUCGGGCAAAAGAAGGACAUCGGGGAGAAAUCAUGCCCUAACGGGCGAUUCCACCCUGAUGCCCUAGUAUGAGAGGGGUGGGGUUUAGCUGGUCCCGGCCACAUCGGAGUUACGGAGGGCAGGGAGGUCCGAUUUAGGGCCAAACUGGUCGACGUGACACUGAUGAGGUUUCAGCUCAGGAACCCAGUACUGUUGGAAAUGUUUACUUCCGACGUCUGUUUGCAGAUUCCCCACCUAGUGAUAAAAAAAAGUACAUCAGCAGUAAAUACUGGUGGUAAGUUGAGUUUUUUUAUUGUUAAUUAUUUAAUUUACGGAACUGUUUUGAUAAAUUUUGGUCAAUUUCUUGGCAUCCCAAUAAUAGUAAUAUAAGAUAAAAAUAUCUGCACCUAUUUUUUUUUUAAUUUCUAUUUUAUAUCCUUUUUGACAAUAUCGUGAAACCGUCACUAAAAAUUUAGGCAGCUGCCCGGAUUCUGGCACUACCUUCCUAAAGUUAUACGAGCCGCCACUGGUAUGAACAAUAGUUUAAUAUUUGAUUUACAUGACGAAAGGAACUUAAAACAUGGUGUAAGGUGUAAAGGCUGCUAGUUUGCCCGAAUUUUGAGUACUUGGAAGUAAUAAUUUGGACGUGUGAUACCACGAGAAGAAGUGAGGUUAUAAGCCCGCCAAAAAAGAUUGUCUGGUUAUUUGUUAGAAAUUUUAAGAAUAAUAAUGGAAUUUAAACCGCCUAGUCCAUUAUUUGAGCAUCAAAGUCCGGCUAGUUAUUGGCUUUUAUGGAAACAGAAAUUUAGAAUUUACCUUACGGCCAGUGGAAAGAGUGCUUGUACUGAAGAUGUGAAAAUUGCAAAUCUGUUAAAUUUCAUAGGAGAUGAGGGUGUUGAUAUUUACAAUACAAUUACAGAAGAUCAACAGGCAACUCUUGACAAAUUAGUAAGUGCAUUUGACGAAUAUUUUUUACCAAAAAAAAUAGUUCCAAUGGAAACUUUUAAGUUUCAUAAUCUUGUCCAGGGUAAUGAACAAACUAUAGACCAGUAUCUGACUGACUUAAAGAAACAAGCAAGAUUAUGUGAAUUUAAAUGCACUAAAACAACCUGUGGUGAGUCUUAUGAAGACAGGAUGAUCCGUGAUCAGCUUAUAAUUGGGUUAAAAUGUAAGGAAAGUCAACUCCGACUCCUUAGAGAACAGACUCUUACUACCGAAAAAAUCCUUGAAUAUUGUAAGAGUAUUGAGCUAAGCUUCUUCUUCUUCUUUGAGUGCCUCUCCUAUCGGAGAUUGGAUAUCAUUAGGGCGAUUCUAAUUUUAUUUACUGCUCUUUUGAACAAUUCGUUAGUGGUACAGCCAAACCACUCUCUCAAAUUUCUCAUCCAGGACAUUCUUCUACGGCCUGGAUUUCUUCGUCCUUGGAUUUUUCCUUGCAUUAUAUUUUGUAGGAAUGUGUACUUUUGUCCUCUCAUCAGGUGGCCUAAGUAUUCAAGUUUUCUCUUUUUUAUACUCCGUAGAACUUCUGGCUCGUUAUUUAUUCUGCGUAUUACUUCUUCAUUUGUAAUUUUAUCCACCCAACUUAUUCGUAGUAUACGGCGGUAGCACCACAUCUCAAAGCUUUCAAGAUUUUUAAUAUUCCUCUGUUUAAGAGUCCAUGACUCAACACCGUAGAGCAAAGUACUGAAUACAUAGCAUUUUAACAUUCUAGUUCGUAGAUGAAUACUAAUAUCACGAUUACAAAAUAAUUUUUUCAUUUUUAUAAAAGUAGACCUGGCAAUUUCAAUACGUCUUUUUAUCUCGUGAUUUUGGUCACCUGUUUCAUUGAUAAGGGUUCCCAAGUAUUUGUAUUCGUUUACUUUUUCAAGUUGGGUACCGUUUAUUGUGAUACUAGUGUCAUUUAUUAGAUUCUUACUGAAGGUCAUGUAUUUGGUUUUUUUGACGUUCAUCCUUAUGCCGUAGUUAUUACAUAUCUCAUUCAUAGUUUCAACUAAAUGUUGUAGAUCUUCCGCUGUUCUUGCCAUUAUCACAGUAUCGUCAGCAUAUCGAAUGUUAUUGAUAACUUCUCCAUUGACUAUUAUCCCUUCGUUUGCAUAUGAGAGAGCUUCUUGGCAUAUUUGUUCGCUGUAGAUAUUAAAUAAGAGCGGUGACAAUAUACAACCCUGUCGUACUCCUCUACGUAUUUCUAUUUCGUCCGAUGUUUGUUUUUCUAUUUUUAUAUUAGCUCGCUGAUUCCAGUACAGAUUUAAUAUUAUUUGUAUGUCUCUGGUGUCAAUGUUCUUACUCUCCAGGAUUUCUUUGAGUUUACUGUGGCGUACUUUGUCAAAGGCCUUUUCAAAGUCUAUAAAGCAGGCGUGUACCUCUUGGUUAACAUCUAGGCAUCUCUGUGUUAGAACGUUCAGCUAAGCAAAGAGCAUAUAAAAGUUCUUACCAAAGAAGAAGAUGUCAACUUUGUCAAGCAGUACAGACCAUUGAAAAAGUUAUUGUGUAAGAAGUGCCAUUAUGAACAUUUUCCUAACAGAUAUCCUGCGUUUAACAAAACUUGUGUUAUUUGUCAAGUUAAGGGCCAUUUUGCAAAAGCCUGUCCUGAUAGAAGUGAAGAAACAUGUGAAGGUAAUAGUAACAAGAACUCUUAUUCACCUAGAGGAGAAAGAGCUGUUAAUACAGUCCAGGAGGAAGAAAAAGACAAUUUGAUAUAUGUAUAUGAGUGUCAUUCUAGAAGUAAAUAUUCAUGGUAUGAAACAUUGAUGGUAACUGGAAAAGAGGUAAAGUUUAAGUUGGAUUCAGGUGCUGUGUUUUACCUAACUAUAUUUUUUAUGAUUCUCUAUCAAGUAAGUUGCUUUUUAAUAAAUCAAUAACGACUCUUGUUUCUUAUGGUAAUUUUAAGUUUAAACCAGUAGGUGGAGUUUUUUUGGAAUGUCAGUAUAAAAAUAGCUACUCUAAAGUAAAGUUUCUGAUUGUUGAUUUUAAUGCUGAACCAAUAUUAGGUCUCAGUGAUUGCAUUAAAUUUGACUUAAUAAAAAGAGUGAAUGCCAUAGAAACCACCCUGCCAACUAAAAAAGAUGAUAUUUUGAUAAUGUUUAAAAAGGUAUUUCAAGGGUUAGGUAGAAUGCCAGGAUAUUGUAAUAUUGAACUUUCAGAGGAUGCCAAGCCAGUUAUUCAGUAUAAUUCCAUUAUCAAUGCACGAUAAACUAAAGGAGACACUAAGAUAGUUUGGAGGAAGAAAAAGUUGUUGAGAAAGUAGAUUAUCCAACUGAAUGGGUAAAUAAUUUGUUGAUAGUAGAGAGAAAACCUUCAAAUAAACUAAGGUUAUGCAUUGAUCCCAAGCCACUUAAUGAAUUUAUUCGUAGAGAACAUUUUGCUAUACCAACUUGCAAUGAUAUAGUAAGUAGACUUUCAGGAAAAAACAUAUUUAGUGUUAUAGAUAUGAAAAAUGGGUUUUGGCAAAUUGAAUUAAAUAAAAAAAGCUCAGAUUUAUGUACUUUUAGCACACCUUUUGGGAGAUACAAAUUCAAUCGCCUUCCGUUUGGAAUUUGCUCUGCACCAGAGAUUUUCCAACGUAAGAACUAUGAAAUGUUUGGUGUCAUUGAAAAUGUUGAUAUAUAUUUUGAUGAUAUUAUUAUAUCGGGUAGAGAUGAACUUGAACAUGACAUUGCUCUUAAAAUUGAACAUGACAUUGCUCUUAAAAAAGUAUUUCAAACUGCUAUUGAUAAUAACAUAAAAUUUAACUGGGAAAAAUUUCAAUACAAUUUAGUUGAGGUAUCAUUUAUGGGGCUGGGGCAUAUUUUAUCAGGAAAAGGUGUUAAACCAGAUUUUAAAAAUAUAGAAGCAGUAAUGUCUUUAGAAUCACCUAAAAAUAGGUCAGAAGUUCUUAGAAUACUUGGUAUGGUCAAAUUUUAAAGUUUAUUCCUAAUUUAUCGGCUAUAACUUCAAAUUUAAGAAAUUUAACCAGAAAAGAUGUUCAUUUUUCUUGGAGUGGUGAUCAUGAAUCUGAAUUGAAUCAAUUGAAGUUUCUUAUAACUAGGUCACCGACUUUGAGGAUAUUUGAUCCUACAAAAGAAAUAAUAAUACAGUGUGAUGCAUCUGGGGAAGGACUAGGGUGUUGUCUUAUUCAAGAAGGGCAUCCAGUUGCUUUUGCAUCCCGUUGUCUUACUCGUGCUGAGAAAAGGUAUGCACAGAUAGAAAAGAAGUUACUCGCAGUUGUUUUUUCAGUAGAAAAAUUUCAUUAUUUUAUUUAUGGGUAUAAAACUGUAUAGUCCUGUCGCCAGGGGGGUACAACGGCCUCCUGUAUUCAGAUGGACUUACCCAAGUUUUUUUAUGUAUUU